AUGUGAUGACGGCGGCUCCUUGACGGCGGCAAAACUAGUCAAGCUCGCUUACGGUACAGAAGAUUGGUUUGGUACUUUAGUAGUUCAGUGUGCUGCGCAAGGUGCAUGAAGCAAAACUGUACAGUGUGAUGUGAGUCAGUGCGAGUAAACGAGAGUCGAAAUCGUGUUUGAUCAGUUGAAUAGGCUUGACGAAGAUAGUCCCGUUACAACCACUUUCAAAGCAGAGAUAGAUAUCGCAUCGUGCAUAAGGCACAUUAUCGUAAAUGCAUUAUAGUCGUGAUUUUAUAAGCGGUGCAAAAGGACUGCAGUGCAACACAGAAUCUACCUUAUACGUACAUAGAUUUAAUUGACGCAUUAUAACGCGCGAGAAAUGAAGUGUUCAAUACCUAAUCACGUAUCAAUACAAUCAGAUAUCUUAAGUCGAAAAGGAUCGUUACCCGUUGCAGAAACCCCGAAACACUUACACAAUUCGGACUAUUUUUUAUGCCUCUACCUAUAAUUUACACUUGGCAUGUACAUACCCAUACACAUAGGUACGCAAGAACUUAAAAUCAGUAGUUGGUUGUUCUUUUUUUUUACCCCAUUUCUCUCAUCUUGUCGAUAAAUGCUUCGAUACUCUGUAAAUCCAUGAAGUCAUCACGACAAUCAUAUCAAUCAGCAAUGCGUGCAAAUUUCGGAAGCCAAUUACAGUAUAAGAAACAAGUCAUAUAGACACGAGCUUUGUAUGUAUGAACACUACCGUAAUAAUUGAAACCGUAUUUCACGAUGGAACCAAACACCUCCGAAAUGCGAGAUAAACCAUCGGACAAAGAAGAUGGAUUCGCUUGGCAGGAUUAUUUGGAUGCUACCAAGAGUUUGGAAGUUCCACAAAUCAUGUUUCCACAUGUGGAACUUGGUCUGCAGAGUGGAAUUGAAAUUGGGAUGUCUCUGGAGGUGCCUCGUUUUCUGGAACCUGACAAUGAGCCUGUAUAUUGGGUUGCCUCUGUUGUUAUGACGUGCGGUCCGCUUCUCAGACUGCGUUACUUUGGCGGGGAUGAUAGGUCUCUUGAGUUUUGGUGCAACCUGACCAAAGAAGCUGCGCACGAAUUAGGCUGGUGUAUAAAGAACAACAAGAGACUCGAGCCUCCAGAAUUCGUCCUGAAACACUCACCAAACUGUGUCGAACAGUUGCCCGAGUUUAUGAGCAAUGCUAGAUCUGUUCCAACGGAAAUGCUGACCGGAGAUGGCCUCAGUAUGACUGAAAGAAUUAAGCAAGGAACUAAGGUGGAAGCUAGCGAUGUGCAGCAUCCUUACAAACUUUGGCCAGCUACGAUUAUCGAAAACAUUGGUGGUCGACUUUUACUGAGAUAUGAUACCCCUGGAUCACCUGUUAAAGAUUUUUGGGUAUUCUGCACAUCAGAACGUUUGCAUUGUAACGGUUUUGUGAAAAAUGCAGAUCUUAAAUGGUUUCUUGAACCCCCAAGCUCAAUACUAGAAUCACACAGUUAUGAAGAAUGGAAAUCUUUGACAGAAACAGUACGACCGAUUCAAGAAAACCAAAAUAAUUUAUUCAAUAACAUACGUGAACACCCUCGGCAUGAUUUCAAAGUUGGCAUGAAACUAGAAGCGAUAUCACCAACGAAUAGAGUCGAGAUAUGCCCAGCAACAGUCGUUAAGGUAUUUGAUGAAAAAUACUUCCUAGUUCAAAUCGAUAUCUACGAGGAUCCUGCGAGAACAGAAGACUUGGAUAGUACAAAUGGUGACACGUGGCUUUGCACCGCGGAUCAUCCCUACAUAUUUCCUAUUGAGUGGACAAGGAAAAAAAAUAUAAGACUUACACAUCCAAUCGGAUGGAUCUCAAAGUCGGAAGAAUUUGACUGGGAAGCAUAUUUAUUAGCAACAAAGUCUGAAGCAGCUCCAGAGUCGUCAUUUUCAGAGCGAGAAAGUGCAUUGGAUGCUGGAUUUGAGGUUGGCAUGUAUCUGGAAGCAGUAGACCCGGAGAAUGAGAACACGCUUUGUGCCGCACACAUAACAAAGGUCGUUGAUAAUUUACUGUGGAUAAAAUUGGAUAACUACGAAGAUUUCCGACCUGAGCACAUAGUCUCUAUGCAUUCGCUGCAAAUAUUUCCUGUUGGCUGGUGCGAGUCGAAUUCUUACACUUUGAAGCCACCCAAAGAUUUUAUCGAAGUAUGCAGAAAAUUAAGAACGCCACCAAAAGAAGCCAAAAAAAAAAAUAUUCUUGACAUACCAAUAUCAGAGCCGAGAUCUUCACUCUGGUGCCCUAAAAUAUACUUCAAUUAUCGCUGCUUCACCGGCCCCAUGAUAUCCAAAGGAAAACUAGCGACACUGCCAAAAGCAGUCGGACCUGGGCCGGUCACAUUAGUCAUGAGAGAGGUUCUAUCUAUGAUAGUUUCUGUUGGGUACAGGAGUGCCAGGAUAUUGAAAGUUCUUCAAUGCGAUUCUAAGCCUGACCCAGGAUAUCAUUUAGAAAUCUUGAAAGCAAAACACAAGAACAAUACGUACAGAGCUAGCGUUGCUGUUAUUACUUCGGGAGACAUGGUCCCAAAAUUUUGUAGAGAUAUCUGCAAGAAGUUAAUGGUUUGCCCAAACCUAUUUGGACCUUCCUUUAUACCCGAGGAUGAGUGCCCGGACAGAUGUCAUAAGGUUUCUAAAAAUAAAUUCACUGCCCCUGUAGCAAAUGGACGACGUGGUAAACCAAAAGGCUACACAAGUAUUUUGGUACAGAAACCCAAGCCAUGGAAAGGAGGACGAAGGAAAAAGAGAGGGCGCUGGGCAAACAAAGAUAAAGACAAGGAAAAGGAAAAAGAAGCGGGCGUUGAAGUUCCUGAAGUUGGAAUUCCGUUUCCUUUAUUAGAUUCAGUAAAACUUGACAAAGCAGAUGAAAGUGUCGAAAACUUUGAUGACAAACCCCCACUUUCUGAAAUAGACAUUAUGAUACAAAAGGGAAUUGAAAAAUCAGUCAAGUCCGAUGAUUUCAAAAAUGAGCCACUGUCUAGUAAUGCCUCCGAUGAUUCGAGAAGCUCAUUCAAUGAUCGAAAAAGUAAGGACAGCAAUGUGAGGAGCCCAAGUAGCGAAAGCAGCAAAGUACGUUCCAAAACUGGCAACGCCAGCGAUACUGUAAGGAACGGUAAGAGAGAUCGAGAUUGGGACACGAGCGUUGAAUCCGAGUAUUCAGAUACAGAGGCCGAGUAUCUUAGGCUACAGAAGAAACAGCGGAGGCCGAAAACUAGAAAACUGGAUUCAAAUCCAUUGUUUUGGAGCGUUGAUGACGUCUUUCGUUAUCUCAGAAAAACAAACGACUGCAAGGGUAUCGCUCACCAAGUGAGGCAAGAGGAAAUAGACGGUUUGGCAUUCUUACUGUUGAAUCUGCCAUCAUUAACUCAGCAUAUGAAAUUGCGGAUGAGUUCGGCUCUGAAACUUUGCCGGCAUGUUGAGCAAGUUAAAGUGACUUUCUUUCUGCGUCAUAUUAACGAAGUGGAGCCAGAGCAAUAUCGUAUAUUAUAAUUGAUAAUUGAUUAACUGUCGUAUAUAGUACAUAAGUUCAAUUGUAUAAAAAAAUUAUAUAUUGGUAUUAGUGUUGAGAAUUGAGACAAAGUGCAUCUUCACGAAAAACAAAAAAAAAAAUUCCAUCAGUUUGAUCUUCGAUAAUAAUCGAUUUAACGUAAUUUGGCAUUUUGUGAAAUAAAAAAUUACUAUGUGUCACAAAACGUCGAUUUAGUUUAUGCAACAAAUAGCUGAUUGGAUGUAACUAAAAGUAACGAAUAAUUGACACGGUAAUUUGGUAAAUAGUUAAAUUAGUAUGACACGUUUACAAUGCAACUGUUCAUGUUGUGCGAAAAAUAAAAAAUAUUUAUUAAAUAA